AUGGCAUCUGGCGUCCAGGGUAGCAACAAUGUGAUCGAACUGCAGGGCGAGAAGCAGCUGCUUGAAGAGCUUUCAGUGAAAGAGCCUACGUUCAGGGAUGUUAAUCGUUAUCUGGCACUAUUUCAACACUCAUGCUCCAACGUGCUCUACAGGAAUCUUGAUACGGAAUUUGGCCCUGUCCGUGCUGCUGUCGACACCAAAAUAUGGGACUCCCGCAUGAAGAUCAACUCUCGGUUCCGAAAGCUUUUGUUACAGUUUCGCGAUGCGCAGGCGCGCAAGGGGCGGCCAGUUGAGGAGCGCAAGCUCAAGCAUCAAUACCAGAGGUUUAUUAGUGGUGGACAGCAGUUCUACGAAGAUUAUCUGAAGUUCAUUCUCACGCACGCCUGCUGUAGCCCAGAACUCGCCCGAGCUGCCCUCGAAUUAAGAAUUGAAGUCAAGCCUCCACCCGCAGUCAGUGAAGACCUGAAACGGGCUCUACUUGAUUCGUGCUAUUCCACUUUUAUCAAGCUGGGAGACUUCUCUCGGUACUAUCAGGUGGAGCUGGUCCAAGAUCCAGAAAAGCGAGAAUGGACCCACGUGGUCAGUUAUUACACUCUCGCCGGCUCCAUUAAACCUCAUUGCGGAAUAUUUCACAAUCAACUAGCUAUCAUUGCACUGGGUAAAGGUGACCAUUUCCAAGCGAUAUACUAUUUGUAUCGUGCUCUGAGCGCCACAGAACCCCACCCAACCGCCGCCUCAAACCUCAAGCUUGAAUUUAGGAAAAUUUUGAAUUCCCGGACUGGUGCGCUGAUGAAAUCAAAGGAUGAAAAAGAGUCUUUAGUUUCUUCCUUUGUGCAUCUUCAUGCAAUGUGCUACAAGGGUGCUGAUUUUCCCGAACGCGAUGAGCUUGAGAAUGAGCUGCUCAAUAACAUGACAAAUCAGCUCAAAGAAAAUUCUUUGGACAGUGACUUUUUACAAAGACUUUGUCUCAUCAACAUAGCCGCUGAAGCACACGCACAGGCAACAUCAGGUACUAAUGGAAAUGCUCUCUUCUUUUUUCAGCAGCUAAAUGUGAAGAUGUUCUUUACCUUGCUACAAGUACUCCUUGCCGACACAGAAGAGAUGUCAGGAGUUAUUAGCCAGAUUUUACCAGCACUUCGAAAUUAUAGCUCCUGGUUAGUGAUAAAUAGUCACAUGCUAGUUUCUGAUGCUCAGGAUACAUCUCUGGGAGUACAAACCAAAGAGUUCUGGAAUAUUUAUGCAACUACUUUGACCCUACUUACAUCUACCUUUCCUGUUCCACAGCUACCAUACCUGGAUUACCUUCUUCAGGAAGAUUAUGAUACCCUGGGGUUCUCUCCCCUAUUCAGUAACGGCAAAAUCCGACGCUAUGUUGACAAGGAGGGAAAACCGAAGCCCAAGGCGCCACAUGAAGAAGAUGAAGAUAGGGUUAAAACAGAAAUAUUGUUUCGUGUGCGGGAAUUUGUCAUUGAUGGCCUGGAAUUGAUCGUGAGCAAAAAAAUUCCAAUAAUCUUGUCGAAUAGCCAAGACCAAAGCAUCUUUUUGUGUAAGGAAGAUGGCUUGCCACAAUUCUCAAUUCCACCAGCGGCGAGUAUCCCGCAAGACGAUAGUCAUCCAAUACAGCGGAGCGCCUAUCAUUCUGAAGACGUGCCAGUUACAUCAAUAUCUACCAUGGAAGAUAUGAAUGACAUGGUCGAUGCACUUGUGAAUUCUGAAGAAGAUCCAUCUAAGAAAUCUGUGCCUCAGGAGGAAAAGAUAUUGCUACAGCCGUGGCCCUGCUUGUCAAUCGAGACCAAUGGGAUAACAACCCAGUCUCCGCUGUCUAGCAAUGGAGCGUUACAAGGUCGCAAUAGCCCAAUAGUGGCUCAGGAAUCUCCUCCGCCUUACUCGCCGCGUCCUGUGCUUCCAAGCAUUUUCGAUUCACCUUUCGCAUCCGGCCGUUCGCCAACGGCAACGGAAGUCGGCUUGCACCGUAUCAUAACGUACGAUUCCAACGUUUCACCACCCGGGAACCGCUCGGCCGUUCAACAAACUUCUCCCACCCAGAAAUCACCCUUUUCCCCACCACUAAUGUCACGUUUUAGUAGUGAUUUCACGCCAACGCAGACCCCGAUUGCUAGCUAUCAUAACUAUCCGGCCAUAAACCGCCACAUUGGGCUACCGGGUCCAAAUGGCUUUGGAGGGCCAUCUACUUUCAACCCUCCUGUCUCGCCGUGGCUAAACCUUUCAAUUUCGCCGACGAAAUUAGCCGGCAUUGCAGGUCCUACGCCCCCAAGUGGUCAGGGUGGAUGA